AUGGCUUCUUCACCCAUCUCCAUCCCCGCUAGCCCUUCUGCAGCGCCCCUCUACAAACCCCGGAGUUACCAGCUUGAGAUGUUGGAGGAGAGUAUGAAGGGCAAUAUCAUCGUUGCGAUGGAUACGGGCAGUGGAAAGACACAUGUAGCCCUCCUACGCAUCACCCGCGAACUCGAAAGCUGCAACCCGCAAAAGUUGAUAUGGUUCCUGGCACCUACUGUUGCGCUCUGUCUCCAACAGCAUCGCGUCAUCGCGGAGAAUUUACCCGCUGUGCGAGCGCGCACCCUCACUAGCUUGGACAAGGUCGAGCGCUGGACUGAACAGGCUAUUUGGGAUGCGGUCCUCAAUGAUAUGCAGGUCGUUGUUUCCACACAUGCUGUGCUGGCUGAUGCGAUGAGCCAUGGCUUUGUGAGGAUUGCGCAGUUGGGGUUGAUUGUUUUUGAUGAAGCCCACCAUUGUAUGCGGCGCCAUCCGGCAAAUAAGAUCAUGCAGGAUUUUUACCAUCCUGCCUUGGCGAAGCUGGGCAGAGAUGCUGUUCCGCGGAUUUUAGGCCUGACGGCUAGUCCGGUGAAGAAGUCUAGUCAUUAUGAGUUGCUAUUGAUUGAAUCGAACCUCGACUCCGUCUGCAAAACACCUCGCACCCACCGGCUCGAAUUACUCAAUCAUGUCCACCGGCCCCAGCUCCAACCAGUCUGGUACCAUCCAUUCAGUGAACCGGAGCUUGGCAUCCGGAGCGAGACCCUGCAGGGCGUUAUUAGCGCCUGGGAAACCCUGGAUAUCGAGAACGAUCCGUAUGUCAAGAAGCUGCGUCAGAGCCCGCUCGAAGGACAAGCACUGCAGAAGGUGCUGCUAAAACGGAAAACGUACUGCACCGAACAGCUGAGGAGAUUCGUCGAGAAAAGUCGCCACAUCUACGAAGAGCUCGGAGAAUGGGCCGCCAAUUACUUCAUCUACGCGUCAAUCGAGCAGCUGACGGCCAGGGUCGGCGACGCAAGUCUAGCACUAGACUGGACGGACGAGGAAAAAGCCUACCUGGUCGAGCUGAUGGCGCGAGUUCCCGUCCCGGAUAUAAAUACGGAUGAUUUCCCAGUCUCGGCCAAAUUCCAAGCCCUAAUGGACUUUUUGGAUAGCGCCAAAGGCGAAGACUUCUCGGGGAUCAUCUUCGUGAAGCAACGGGUAACGGUCAGCGUGAUCGCGCAUCUGUUAUCUAUCCAUCCUCGAACGAGAGACCACUUCCGCUGUGCUGCCUACGUCGGCUGGUCCGGCGGCGGCAGCCGCAAAGAUAUCCUGGGAGAAUUUCUCAGUGCUCAGAUGCAGCGCAGUACACUGGACGAAUUCCAGAGCGGCACCAAGAACCUCAUUGUGGGCACGGAUGUCCUGGAAGAAGGCAUCGAUGUUAGUGCGUGCAGCGUGGUGGUGUGCUUUGACAAGCCGCCGAACUUGAAGUCGUUUGUGCAGCGGCGUGGUCGUGCGCGGCGGAAGGAGUCUACAUAUGUUAUUAUGCUCCCUGUGGAUGAUGAGUCUGCGGAUCUGCUUAAGUGGCAGGUGCUUGAAAAGGCUAUGAUCGAGGCGUAUCAGGAUGAGCAGAGAAAGUCGCAGGAGGCGUUGGAGUUGGAGAAUAUGCUUGAGGUUGUGAAGGAGAGGUUUGAGGUUCAAUCUACUGGCGCCUUGCUGACUGCAGACAUGGCCGUGUCUCACCUGUACCACUUCUGCGCCGUCCUCCCACAACAGGCGUACGUUGACAACAUCCCGGAGUUCUCUUACGAGGCCAACGGUGCGGGAUUCUUGAAAGGAACAGUCACCUUACCGACUUGUGUGCAUCCGCAUGUGCGCCGCACUUCCGGUGAGAGGUGGUGGCAGACAGAGCGCGCCGCGAUGAAAGAAGCGGCUUUCCAAACCUAUAAGGCCCUCUACCACUUUGGGCUCGUCAACGAUAAUCUGCUGCCACUGACGGACAAGAAAGAGCUUGGAAUGGGUGAUCGUUCUGACUUGCCUUCCAUGAUAGAUAGCUUGGAGCAGUACGAUCCAUGGGCGGACUGGGCUCACUCGUGGUCGUCGCCUGAUGUCCAUCAGACUCGGAUAGUCGUGCGAUCGAGGGAGAGUGGCGACCAUAAGUUGUCUAUGACUUUAACUGUGCCUACAAUGCUACCAGAACUUGAUCCAGUGACCCUGUUCUGGGACAGUGAUACUACGUAUGAGUUGCUGUUUGAGGACACCAAGCGGGUGCCGGCACUGACAGCCGAUGACAAGGAUGAGAUGGAGAAUAUCACUGCGUUGUAUGUGCAGGCAAUAUCCCGCCAGCAGCUCGCUCCCGGACGGGACUACAUAGCCCUUUUCGGCCCCGACUUGCCGCGACAGGAACUGGGAAAGUGGCUUUUGGAGAACCAGGGAACUGAGCCUGCUAUGGACGUAUACACCCGACAACACGAAUUCGAUAAGGUCGGUGUUGUUCGGGACCUGACGUGUUACAACGAACCGCUGCGGUUCAAAAGAUGGCGCGCACGCAAAGGGGAGACUCCAGAAUUGGAAUGCGAUGCCCUUCCCCGGCGGAAAAACUUCCUGAGGCAGCAAACUCUGGCUACUAACGAGCCAGUUGAAAAAGCUGCAGAAACAGUGCUGGAAAGUCCCCGAAAGGUGCGCCUGGUAUCCGCGGACCGAUGCACAAUAGACCGGCUUCCGUAUUCGCAGUCUUUCUUCGGCCUGUUCGUUUCUACCGUCCUCAGUACACUCGAAGCGAAGCUGGUCGCGACCAAACUAUGUGAAACCAUCCUACGAGACAUCAACUUCAGCGACACCCAGCACGUCAUCACAGCCAUCACGACCCCAUCCGCACAGUCCCUAACAAACUACCAACGCUACGAGUUCAUCGGGGACUCGGUCCUCAAAUUCACAGCCUCCUGCCAGCUCUUCUACGAGCACGGCAACUGGCACGAAGGCUACCUCUCCCAAGGCCGCGACGCAAUCGUGCAAAACUCCCGUCUCGCCCAAGCAGCACUAGAAACAGGCCUCGACGCCUUCAUCAUCAGCAAGAUGUUCACCCCCCGCAAAUGGAUCUUCCCCCUCAUCUCCUCAAAGCUCCAAUCCACAACCCCAACCCAGCGAAAGCUCUCCACCAAAGUCCUCGCCGACGUCGUCGAAGCCCUCAUCGGCGCAGCCUACCUCGACGGCGGCUUCUCCAAAGCCCACGCCUGCCUCCAGCGCUUCCUGCCCAGCGUCGACGUCGAAAAGCUCGACAUCCCCGCCGUCCCGCUGCACCUCCCACCAAAGCCCGACGCGUACACCGUCGACCCCCUCCUCGAGCACCACAUCGGCUACUCCUUCACCAACCCCUCCCUCCUCAUCGAAGCCCUCACCCACCCCUCCUGCCAAUACGACUCCUCCACCCAAUCCUACCAGCGCCUCGAAUUCCUCGGUGACGCCGUCCUAGACAUGAUCAUCGUCGGCGCCAUAAUAGCCCAUCCCGCGGAAAUCCCCCAGGGCGAAAUGACGAAGAUCAAACACGCCCUCGUCAACGCUCACCUCCUCGCCUUCCUCUGCAUGGAAUUCUCCUACACACAAGAUGUCACAACCGCCAAAAUCUCCCCCCCUUCCCCCACCUCCGCCUCGUCCCCCAAAACAACAACCCCAAACAUAACCGUCCACACACAAAGCACCAGCCUCUCCCUCUGGCACUUCAUGCGCUCCCAAAGCUUCGCCAUAAAAGCCGCCCGCGAAGCAGCCCUCACCCGCCACAGCACCCUCCACACCGAGAUCUCCACCGCCCUCCACUCCUCCCCCAGCUACCCGUGGCUGGCGCUGUCCCAGCUCAACGCCGACAAAUUCUUCUCCGACAUCGUCGAGAGCAUCCUGGGCGCGAUAUUCGUCGACUCGGGCGGCGCGCUGAGCGCGUGCGAGCGGUUUGCGGAGCGGCUGGGGCUGAUGGAUUAUUUGCGGAGGGUGUUGAGGGAGGGGGUGGAGGUUGUGCAUCCGAAGAAUGUGGCGAUGAGGUUGGCGAGGAGUGCGGUGGAGUUUGAGUUGAGGAGGGUGGUGGCGGAGGGGGUGGGGGGUGAGGCGAGUUAUAGGUGUGUGGGGAGGUUGGGGCUGGGUUUGAAUGGGGAGGGGGAGAUGGAGGAGGUGGUUGUUGUGGAGGGGUGUGCGGCUGGGGAGGAGGCGGAGGUUAGGGCUGCGUUGGAGGUUGUGGGGUUGUUGGAGCGGAGGGAGGUGGAGAUGGAGAGGGUUGGGGGUGGGAGUGGGAGUGGGAGUGGGAAGGAUGUGGUUAUGGGGGAGGGUGAUGCUGUUUUGGAUGUGAAGAUGGGGUUGUAG